UGUGAUGGGCUGUACGUACCCCCGGCCCCCGCCACUGAUGGACCGCUGGCGACAGACACAUACAACUACCACGAAGUUCUAGACGACAACUACAAUCUGUACUGGAACUUCAACUCUACACACAUCUUGUUCAAGGUCCAGGUCAGGACUAAUGGCUACAUUGGUUUCGGGAUUUCCCCAAACGGCGCAAUGACACACUCAGACGUUGUCAUUGGCUGGGUGAAAGAUGGACAAUCCCAUUUUUCUGACCGUCACGCCGAAGGAAACUUCUUGCCUGCUAUUGAUGCCAUCCAGGACUGGAGUCUGGUCUCAGCUGCUGAAUCUGGGGAAUACACGACCUUGAUCUUUGUCAGGAAACUCGUGACAUGUGACUCUGAUGACUUGCCCAUCACUAACGGCACGACCCGUGUUAUUUUUAGCUACAACCCGAACGACCCAACCUCCGAUACCACGGUCAUGUACCACGGGUCGUCCAGACGAGGCGUCAAGUCCAUUUUGAUGCUGGACCCGCCUUCAAGCGAGGCCAACCAGAAACCACUGCCCGAUGACGUUGUGACCUUUGACUUCAUGAAUGUAAACUUUACCGUGCCGGCCAUGGGCACAUACUACAGGUGUACGAUUGUCAAACUUCCUGACCUCGGCCAAAAACAUCACAUGUUCAAGUACGAGCCCAUUGUCCAGCCAGGCCACGAGGAGCUGGUCCACCAUCUUGUGGUCUACUACUGCCCCAUAAAGGUGGAUGACAAGUUCCUAAACACGUCAUACAUGUGUUACGAUGAGACGCCGAGCCAGGAGCUCAAUCAAUGUGAACACGUCAUCAUUUCAUGGGCCAUCGGCGGGAGGACUUUCAACUUCCCAGAGAAUGUAGGUUACUCCCUUGGUGCACCCAACGACCCCGUCUAUUUUAGAAUAGAAACCCACUACAACAACCCCGAUCUCAGAUCAGAUUUUGUGGACAACUCUGGCAUAAGGAUCUACUUGACCAAACACCUGAGACAGUACGACGCUGGGCAGCUUACAACAGGGGUCAGUGUUGACCCCUUUCAGAUGAUUCCACCUUUUGAGCCCAGUUUUAUCUCCGCUGGUUACUGUACUGCAGACUGCAUAGCUAAGGGUGUUGGAGAUACAGAGAUAAAAGUUUUUGCCAAUUUCCUACACGCUCACCUACUGGGGAGGAAGAUGCGGACACGUCACUUCCGGAAUAACGUGGAGUUACCUCCCAUCAUGGAAGACAACAGCUACGAUUUUAACUACCAGGAGACCCGGAUGUUAAAAGAAGAGCGAGUGGUCAAGAAGGGCGACAUGAUUCUUGUCGAGUGCGACUAUGAAUCCACUGGUCGAACUGACGUCACGUUUGGAGGACUAAAGACCACCGAUGAGAUGUGCCUCUCGUUCCUGCUCUACUACCCUCGGGUACCUCUCGCCAGGUGUCUGACCAGAAACGACUACCAGGCACCUUUUACAGGGGACAACUACUUUAACCUUGUUCAGCAACUGGACUGGUCUAACGACUCAGUUAGGGCUGAUUUCAAGCAAGUGUCCGAAAAUUCUGGAAUCUUCGACGAAUGCCUGAUCCACACCAGGUUUACUGUAGACCAAAGACAGAAGCCGACCUUGACCCAAGAAUAUCAACCGCCUAAACAGUGUGGCGUCUAGUGCCUAUCCCUCAUAGAGACCUCAAAUUGUUCAUAAUUAAGUAAUUACAUAUAGCGUAUAAUGCCUAUCCCGCAAGGGGACUUAAAUUGUUCAUAAUUAACUAAUUACAUGUAGCGUAUUAUUCUAUUUACACGUAACUUAAAUGUUUUGUUCAAAUCAGUUUUUUACAUGGAAACUUUUCAACAACUUGUUCAAAUCUGAUGCAUAGCGAAUGUUAUUACUUUGUUUAAUAGAGACUUUGUAUUUUUCGACAUUUUGUGCUAUUAUGAUUUAAACGACAAAAUUCU